GUGGGCGCGGCCGCUCCGCGCGGGAGCGUCGGGCUGGGGGGCGGACCUGCCCCCUUGUGCGCGCAGGCGCGCGCCGCGCAGGGCUCUCACCGCAGCUGGGCGCCGGGCUGCCACGCGCUGGCGUUGCAGGCCUACCAGGAUGGAGGGGCAUGCUGAAAUGGAGGUGCUGAGGACACUGAAAGGGCCUGCCACAGGGGAGGUCAGCGUGCACCUGGUGGCCAGAGAGAGCCCAGGUUCCGGCUCUCAUCUGCCAGCUACUGCCUUCAUCAUCCCAGCCAGCUCAGCCACCCUCGGCCUGCCCAGCAAUGCCCUGGAUGUGUCCUGCUUCCCUCGGGAGUCAAUCCAUGUGGGCGCCCCGGAGCUGGCGGCCAGCAGCGAACCGGUCCUGACCACCGUGCUACCGCAGCUAAGCGCCGGGCCAGCGGCCAGCCCCAGCGCCAGCACCGUGCGGCUCCUGGAGUGGACCGAGGCCGCGGCCCCGCCUCCUGGGAGCGGCCUGCGGUUCCGGAUAAGCGAGUACGCACCGCUGAAUAUGGUGGGAGCGGAGCAGCCACCGAGCCCCCAGCUGCGGCGGGAAGGCGUGGCCGAAUACGAAGAUGGCGAGGCCCGGGCGGGAGGUGGUGAUGCGGGCACCCAGCAGCCCGCAGAGCUCCCUCAGGACCCUCCAGAGGAUCCCUCUCAGGACCCCCCAGAGGAUGACGCCACCUGUCAGUGCCAGGCCUGCGGGCCUCCCUUAAGCACUGGCCCAAGUCUUGGUUCCUCCACUGAUGGCUGCCCCCAGCUCUUUGAGGAACGGUCAGUCAUAGUGGAGAACUCAAGCUGUGCCAGCGCUUCCGAGUUGCUCAAACCCAUGAAGAAGCGGAAGCGCAGGGAGUACCAGAGCCCCUCAGAGGAUGAGUCGGAGCCAGAGUCCAUGGAGAAGCAAGAAGGAGGAAAGGAUCCAGAGGGACAACCUACUGCCAGCACCCCAGAGAGUGAGGAGUGGAGCAGCAGCCUGCCUGGUGAAAAGAAGGAAGGCUGGUCGUGGGAGUCCUACCUAGAGGAGCAGAAGGCCAUCACUGCCCCUGUCAGCCUCUUCCAGGACUACCAGGCAGUCACUAAUAACAAGAAUGGCUUCAAACUGGGCAUGAAGCUGGAAGGCAUCGACCCUCAGCACCCGUCCAUGUACUUCAUCCUCACCGUGGCCGAGGUUUGUGGCUACCGCCUGCGUCUGCACUUUGAUGGGUAUUCCGAGUGCCACGACUUCUGGAUCAAUGCCAACUCGCCUGACAUUCACCCUGCUGGCUGGUUCGAGAAGACUGGGCACAAGCUGCAGCCCCCCAAAGGUUACAAGGAGGAAGAGUUCAGCUGGAGCCAGUACCUGCGCAGCACGAGAUCUCAGGCUGCCCCCAAGCACCUGUUUGCGAGCCAGAGCCACAGUCCCCCACCCCUGGGCUUCCAGGUGGGCAUGAAGCUGGAGGCUGUUGACCGCAUGAACCCGUCCCUCGUCUGCGUGGCCAGUGUGACCGACGUGGUGGACAGCCGCUUCCUGGUGCACUUUGACAACUGGGAUGAUACUUAUGACUACUGGUGUGAUCCCAGCAGCCCCUACAUCCACCCGGUGGGCUGGUGCCAGAAGCAAGGAAAGCCCCUCACCCCUCCACAAGACUAUCCAGACCCUGAUACCUUCUGUUGGGAGAAGUAUCUGGAAGAAACUGGCUCCUCUCCUGUGCCCACUUGGGCCUUCAAGGUGGCAGCAGUUCCCCCAGGCACAGCACUUGGCCUCCCUUCUGGGGGCCUCAGCCCUGCUGGGCCUUGGCCUGAAGGCACCUGUCUCCCACAGAGGGUCCCCCACAGCUUCCUGGUCAACAUGAAGCUGGAGGCCGUGGACCGCAGGAACCCAGCCCUGAUUCGCGUGGCCAGCGUGGAGGAUGUGGAGGACCACCGGAUAAAGCUCCACUUUGAUGGCUGGAGCCAUGCCUAUGACUUCUGGAUUGAUGCUGACCACCCGGACAUCCACCCCGCUGGCUGGUGCUCCAAGACAGGACAUCCCCUGCAGCCUCCUCUCCGGCCCAGAGAGCCCGGUUUUGCUUCCCCUGGGGACUGUCCCCCUCUCAGCUAUAAGACCCUGCCACACACUAGGACCUCCAAGUACAGCUUUCACCACCGGAAGUGCCCCACUCCUGGUUGUGAUGGCUCUGGCCACGUUACAGGCAAGUUCACAGCCCACCAUUGCCUCUCAGGCUGCCCACUGGCUGAGCGGAACCAGAGCCGGCUGAAGGCAGAGCUGUCCGACACAGAGGCCUCAGCCCGUAAGAGGAACCUGUCGGGCUUCUCUCCAAGGAAGAAGCCACGCCAUCACGGCCGGAUCGGACGCCCUCCAAAGUACCGGAAGAUGCCACAGGAAGAUUUCCAGACACUAACCACCGACGUCAUACACCAGUCCCUCUUCAUGUCCACCCUGUCAGCCCAUCCUGACCGCUCACUGUCUGUGUGCUGGGAGCAGCACUGCAAGCUCCUGCCCGGAGUGGCAGGCAUCUCAGCCUCCACGGUCACCAAGUGGACCAUCGAUGAGGUUUUCGGCUUUGUUCAGACCCUGACAGGUUGUGAGGACCAAGCACGACUCUUCAAAGAUGAGAUGAUUGACGGCGAGGCCUUCCUUUUGCUGACACAGGCAGACAUUGUGAAGAUCAUGAGCGUCAAGCUGGGCCCAGCCUUGAAGAUCUACAAUGCCAUUCUCAUGUUCAAAAACACCGACGACAUCUUAAAGUGACCUGCGCAGGACCAGGCCCUCCUCCAGCCCUAGCUGGGCCUUCCUCUCCAGCUGAUGCUUCCUUCCUACUUGAGUUCCUCAUAUCCCUACCUGUGCCCCUACCACCUUCUGUAUCUGACCAGGGUUGGUCCUUCUCCCUCCAGGGCUGCUUCCCAGAGGGUGCAUGGGAGCAGAGGAGCCCUAGGGAAGGUGGAGUUCCAGCCCCUGAGUCUUGGAGCUCAUUGGCCACCAGGCCCACCGAUGAGGCUGUAACUGGGCUGGAAGCAGCAUUACUGAUGGAAUAGGUUGGAAGUGCCCUGCCUGUGGUAGCCUCACAUUUCCAGCCACCGUCUUUUAUCACCAAAGGGUCUUUUCCUUAGCAGUUAAGAACAGUGUGAUAGAGUGGUCAUCUCUACACAUUUUUCUUUAGUCUCUUUUCCUCCUACCAAGAUAUGAUUCUGCCGCAAGAAUAUCAUAAAGACACUCUCCCCUUUUCUGUCUGCUGGUUUUACUGCCCUCCUUCUGCUGCCUGCUUUCCUGAGGAAUGCCCCCUGCCGUGGCCCAGCCAGACCCCACUGGCUGGAAGCCCUUAGACGUUUGAGCCUCAGAAACAUGUUUUCAUUGGAUCCAUUGGGAGUCUAGAGCUGCCUUUUUCUCUUUUGCCCAGAAGCGGGGGAUUCUGAGCCAAGAUGCCUUCUUGAAAUGUCCAGUUCUGGACCACUUCUGGACCACCUAAUAGUGUUCCUAGUUCCAGGCAGAGUGAGUAAGUGAUUAGGGUCUGUUUUAUAGCUGUCUGAGGUUGAGGGCCCAGUGUUGCUCCCUGCACACCUUCCCGGUGUCAGGCCUGCUGAGGAAGCAGCUUAGCCCAGUAGGUGGUGUAGACCAGGAGACUAACCCAACAGUACCUCAGACAAGCUCUGGCCAGGAGGGCAGCUCCAGCAGGCGUGGUGCUCAAAGCUGGGUCCAGCCGCCUCCUCCUUGGCCGUGGACCUCAGCCAAGGUACUGCCCAUGCAAGCCUCCUGUCAUAGGAGAGUAGCACUCAAACACACACACACCAGGAGGUCACCUGUGACCUGUCCCUUAGAAAUCUGCUUGCUCUUGAGGAAUCUCACAAAGAUCUCUUGAAAUUAGGAGUUGGGAAGAUAAACUUUUCUACCUUUGAAUUUUCUCAGUCCCUUAUACCUCUUCUUAUCAUUCUCCGUCUGUUGGCACUGCCAGCUGGUCCCUGCUGGGGCUUUGGGACUUGGACCUCUCUUUCCAAGUCUGGGCCAUUGCCAAACCCAGCUCCCAGGCCCCCUGGGUGGGAUGGACCAGAGCCCCUGGCAGGAGCCAGUCUCCCAUGGAGGUGAGAAGUAACUGCCAAGCUCAGAACCCCCAGGUGCUGAGAUGGGACCUGCAGGGUGUGGGGCCAGGUGGUCUUUCCCCAGGCCCCUCCUCUCAGUCUUGUGUGUGGAGAGCACUGUCAGAAGCGUUGGACAGGGUGCAGAUAGGAAGCUCAGUGUUGGGAAAAUGUCAAGGGCUACUGUUAAAAUGUGAAACUUCAUUUUUCCCUUAGAAGUGGAAAACCCAAAAUCUGCUGAUUUCCUGCCGCAGCUCAGUAGGACCCUCUUUCUUCCCAUGGGCCCGGUCAGCUUUGCUAGGGCAGCCAUUCAGCCCCUCAGCCAGACUCCCACAGCUUCAGAUGUUCCUUUCCUUUCAGCCCUUAGAGGUGGCUCUGAGCAAACCUUUCUGGGAGGAAUGUGGGGAAGCCUUGCCCCGGGGAGAGGGUUGGGUGUACAGAGGAUACAUGGGUGCCACCUUGGCCAAGAGUAAAGAGGAGCAAAUCUGAGCCUCUCUUUAUCUUUAGUUGCCUGAGCAAAGCUCAUCAAUUUCUUGGCCUCAGUCUGCCCCUCUACAGAAUGAGGAGAAAUGCUCUCCUACUUUGUGGUGUGAAGAAAAAGCAGCAAGUACUCACAGCAGGGGCUGUGGGCCCUCCUCAGCUUCUAAAGAGAGGGGCUGAGAUGGGCUUUUCUAUAUGGAGCUGCCAACCACACUCCUUAGUGCUUGGCUAUGGGAUAGGCAAAUGGGUCUUAGAAAAAGGGGCCCCAGGCCUCCAAACUUUGAGGCCUCAGCAUACCAAUGUCAAACUCUGGAAAUAAGCCAAACCAUAAAAAGUGGAAAGCUGCAUCUGCUCACCUCGCUGGCCCUUCGCCCCCAGUCUGUCCCCAAAUGAAACCAUUGCACCUUGACCUGGGGAGAGCAGUGAGAGAAGGGAGUUGGUGGUGGUUCCUGGUGCGUGUUUGCCCUCUGCCCUGCUUUCCGGCAGCAGGCGCCACUUACACUUUGGCCCCAUUCAGCCUCACCCAGUCCUUGCCCAGCCCUGGCCUAGGGCAGGGAGGAACAGUUUUGUUUAAUUUCUGAAGCUGAAAGAAUGAUUCCAGAGUUGGAAAUGAAGCCUCAUUGCACUUUCAUUCAUAUGCCUUUGGUGGGGUAUGUUUUUUGUAUUUGCCUCGUGUGUGUGUGUGUGUGUGUGUGUGUGUGUGUAUGUGUGUGUAUGUUCUUUAAGAGAAUUCUCUGUUUUAAGCUAAACUGAUUCUUGUGAAUCUGUGUCUUAGGGACACAGAGGGAAAAAAGUAACAAAAUGUGGUGUGUUUCGUCAGUGUUUUGAAACAACAUAAAUAAACUUGAA